AUGGCUACUGGCUCAGUGACGCUGACAAUUGAUGUUGUUAUGGACCGAGCAGGAGUUUAUGACGUUUUAGCACUGAAAGAGUUGAUAUUACGUGAUGAAACAUUGGUGGAUGUGGACGAGACGUGUGCUCAAAAUUUAGCGUCGUUAGAAAUUCUAUCAUUGUCGCACAACCAAUUGACAUCACUACAACAUUUUCAGUAUCUAGUCAACUUGAUUGAGCUUAACGUGAAUUUCAACCAAAUCAAGACACUUGACAAUCUUGAGUGCGCUGGACUCGAAAAGCUGUUUAUUGCGAACAAUCAGAUUGUUAACAUUUCUCCUCUGCGUAAGCUUUUGAAGUUGAAUACACUGUCAGUGUAUGGAAAUCAGAUUAUUGAUCUUGACGCUGCAUUGCAUACAUGUCGGAGUCUUCCUAAGCUGCGAUCUCUAGAUCUAGGCGGAAAUCCGUGUUCAUGUAAUGUAAAUGGAUACAAAUUUCGAGUUGUCAGAGCACUUUCGCGUCUUGAAAUACUCGACGGAGAUCACCUUACUCAACUUGACAAAGACUUGACUGAGAAUUUCUUUGCUUUUUUGCACAAGAAGACCGUUGAGGACAAUAAUUGGCAAACUAGAGCUCGACCAGUGACCGCACCAGCCGGGAAAAGAUACCCAGUCACCUCAAUAUCAAAUGAUGCUGAUCCAUUUGCUAGCCAUUUAAUGCCUCGUGGCAACGUUCGUUUGUUCCGUGAUGAUUUUUUCAACAAUAGUCCAAUAUUAUUGGAGUAUUUAUCACAAGACGCAGGGGUAUCGCCAGCAUCUACUUAUCAACUACAAAGCGAAGAUGUUGACAAUCACGAACUUUCAUCCAAUUUUGUUGAUAAAAUGCGCAGCGCAAAUCCUUUAUCGAAAAGUGAUAUGGAAUUGACUGAAGCGGAUACGUUGGACUCAACUUUGACAGCAAAAAUAACAUUGUCACCAAACAUUUUAACGUCACAUUUAGACAUCGAUCCAUCUGAUCCCAACACUACAAUUCGAAAAUUGUUGAAACAUAUUGAAGUGCUAAUGGAAACACUGACGAAGUACAAGAAUUGUCAACUAAAAACAGUCAAUGAUUCUUUGCUGGAAGAGAUCAAGCAAUUGCAAAUUGAAAACAAUAAUAUUCCAAUUCUUCAAGAACAGAUUCAAGACUUGAAGAAACAAGUCGCAAACUUGAAAAGUCAUUCAGAUGAUAGAGGAAUGGACGAAGCAAAAAGCUUUAAAUCAAUGAAGCAACAAAAUGCAAGUUUGAAACAAGAAAAUGCACGAUUACGACAACUACUUGGACGAACGAAAGAGAUGGAGGAAUCUGAUGAGCCAACAAGAUGUUCAAAAGAUACCGUUAUACCAAAACGAUUGUCUCAUUCUAAGCUACUUGAUGAAUCUGCACUAAUUGAUGUGGAGCUAACUGAACUAAUUCUUCAGAAUGAAAUCUCAUUAGAGCUCAUUCGCAAUGACAUUAUAAAGACGAAAAAAGAGUGGAAUAACCACUAUCAGCAACCACAAGCAGUAUCAACGAUACAAUCACGUCCUCAGACGUCAAUGGGGUUCGUUGAUUCUGAGACCAGUCGAUCAGACUCGGUCAUUCCACGCAAUGUGGCUCGAAGAGCAAGCGAAGACAGACGGAUACAUACGGCAACAGAAGAUCAGAGUCACGUAGCAAUCAUGACAGUCCAAAAACAAACGUUCUUACCUUAUAAAUUUUUCUAG